AUGGCCGACGCUCCACCAGAUCUUGACACUCAAGAAGGUCUUCGAGAUGCCGUGGCGAAGUUGGACCCUGACUUUCAGGGGUUGUUGGAACGGAAAGGGGUUCCAGCAAGGACGCAAGGAGUGUUGAGCAACUUGGGUGUGCCCAGCAUCAGCAAGUUUGCAGCGUUGGCAGAGGCAGCCAGCGAUGUGAGGGCCUUCGCGGUGGACCACUGCCAAUUGGUAAGAGGUCGUGAUGUGGUGUCCAUUGCAAGCCUGGUGGACAGUUGGCAGGCAUGCACAACCAGGAUGCAGGUGCGGCACAAGGCAGAGGCGGAAGCCACAGUAGCGGCAUUGCCUGCACCUGUGAACAAAGUGGAAGCGCAAGAUUUGAAGGUGCGCUUUGAACAGAUGUAUUACAAAAUGGAGGACAAGGUGGCGCCGGCCACAGCAACUUUGGAGCACGUCUUCGACCAGGUGGAGGCUGGCGAGUGGAAGAAUAUGGCCUUGGUGCAGUUCCUGUCCAAGGACGAUGCCGAUGCAGAGCCGCUGGCAGCGGUCAUCGACCGUUCUGGCAAUGUGCGGGUGAAAAAGGGUCACGGGGAGACCAAACCACCCAAGACGCCUGAGGAGUUGAGGCAACGUUUGAAGUUGGUGGGGCACACCUAUGUGAUGACCCAGCUGAAGUUCCCGAACCGGGCUGUGCUGCGUGGUCUGGACCCCAACAUCUUUAUGAAGCUGGCGGACUAUUUGUUGGGGGAACAUGUUCAUGGCCUGUCGGCAAAAGACGAGAAGGGCGAGGUGAUCUCACGGCCCUCCUUCGAGCUGGUGCUUUCCUACGAGUACCAGAUUCGCAAGUUUGCCACGAAGGCGAUGAACGAAGGUACCCCCAUGAUCACAGCAUUGGAAGAAGGAAUGAAAGACACCACAACUAAGGAAAGGUAUUUCCUUACGCCCACCUCUAUGGGGGGGGCUUCAGCGGUAAGGGAAUACAGGCUGAAGUCAAGAUCUCCGAGGAGGGGAGACUCUCCGGAGAAAGGAAGGGACUCUUGGGAAAACAGAUCCAAGGGUAAGGGAAAGAAGGGCAAGGGAAAAGGAAAGAAAGGCGGCGGCAAAUCCUUUCACAGCCGUACGCCGGAUGGAAGGGACAUCUGCUUCGCUUGGAACAACAAAGAUCAACGUUGUCGCUACAACUGCGGCAGGGCGCACUGUGAAGCACUACGAAGUUUCACACUGAAAGUCCUGUACCUGUUUGCAGGGGCAGAACGUAAGACAUCAGUUGUCUCAUACUUGAAAUCCAUGGCGGCUAAAAAGGGCUGGGCUGUGGAUGCACUGGAAGUGGACCUCAAACGAGGUGAUCAUUUCGAUCUCACACAGGUGCGCCAAUAUGCGAGGACCUCCAACUUUGAGGACCAAGGUACGGAUGCCUAUCCACCCAAGCUGGACGAGGCUAUAGCUGCAGCUAUUAUGGCCGAGUUCAGCGGUCCUUCCACCUCCGGGUCCGUUGGAGGGGGUGGUUGCCCAGAGGUGAAAGGCCAAUCGAGCGGAGUGGUUCCGUUCGAACCAGGUAGAAGAAACCAACGGUCAUCUGGAACGGAUCCGGAUGAAAACGGGGUGGAUAAGAAGAGGAAGCUAGGAGAGAGCCCUCUUGACAAGUCUUCCGACGUAAGGUCAAGGGAGGACAGCUCGGGGGAAGCGGAAAGUGUUCCCGUCGAGAGUCCAGCCAGAGCAGGACACGGUGUGCCAAUUCGGUGUUGGUACAAAGGGAAGGAGAGGUCCAUCCACGACGGGGGAGGACUGUGUUCGCCGGGGAGGUGGCCGGUGAAACAAAGGAGGCAGCUCUCCAGUGAAUCAGCACUGGGGUUGGCAUCUUGUUGCAAGGGGGAGUUUCUGAAAUGGGUGCUUAGCAUUUGCAACAAGAAGGGCGAUGCGGUCAAAGAAGUGUUUUGGUCGCUGGCAGGGGGGAAGGGUCUGAAGUCUCCCUUCUCGGAAGUCAUUCAAGAGGCCAGAGAGUCUCUGGACAGGAAGCUGGAACUCUUGGGUAAAUCUCCCAGGAGAAGGUCUGGAGACAGGUGCUCGGAAGUGAACUUCAGGAGAUUGGCGGCGGCUCUUGAGGUAGUGGAGGACGAGGACUUCGAGUGGCUGGAAGCGGCAGCUAGCUCAGGAGUUCGCUUGGGCGUGGAUCAGACCAUGCCUCGUGUCCCAGCGGUCUUUGAGGAAAAAGUCAAGUGGAAUUUGGACUUUACAGACGAAGAGUUCAGGGACACUCUGGCUUGCAAUUACCGGUCUGCGGAAGAAAAUGCGGAGGACAUUGAGCGACAGGUGAUGGAAGAGGUGGAAGCGGGUUCCAUCAUAGCUAUGAGAACAGAGGAAGCAGAGGAAAAGUACAAGGGCAGGUUAGCGGUGGCAGCCUUGGGUGCGGUGCCUAAGGAGCUUGGUUCAAGCGUGGUACGCAUCGUGCAUGAUGGUUCCUACUCGGUCGACAUUAAUCAUAGGAUUAAAGUAAGGGAUAGGAUGCGCUUCCCUAUGGUGGACGACGCUGGGGGUGUGCUUUUGCAGGUGGAGAAGGAGGUCGAGGAGGCUCAAGGGGCUAUGCGGUGCCCGAUCCUCUACGACAUUUCCAGGGCUCAUAAACUUUUACCAGUAGACGAGCAAGACUGGGGCCUGCAAGGUUUUAGACUGCCUGCGGGCAAGCAAGAGGGUACCGUGUUUCUACACACCAGAGGCACGUUUGGCGUGGCUUCAGCUGCCUACCAUUGGCAGAGGCUUGCGGCAUGUUUGGUGAGGUUGGUGCACAGGUUGGGAGGUUUUGAUCUCGGCCUGCUGCACCUAUUAUUCGCCGACGAUGGAUGGCUCACAGCAUUGGGCCCUUACUUUUGGAGAAGGAUGUUGUUUUGGUUGUUUUGCUUGGAACUUUUCGAGGUGCCCAUUGCAUGGAAGAAAGUUCGUGGGGGUUUGGUAGUGCAUUGGAUAGGCUAUCAAAUCGAUGUGCAGAAGUUCACUAAAGGCAUUUCGGAAAAGAAUGUCAAAUGGAUUGUGGAAUGGCUUGAAAGACAUCGAGCUUCAGGCGGAGUGACUGGGCGCGAUCUUAAAUCAGCAUUGGGCCGAUUCAGUUUUGUGGCAGGGGCUCUACAGCAUGUCAGGCCAUUCUUGGGGCCCAUAUUUGCGUGGGCAGCGGUCCUUUCACCAGGGACCUUUGCCAAGUUUCCAGAGGCAGUGGCAGUUCUCUUGGAUUUUAUUCAAGGCGAAGUGGUCAAAGAAGCCAUGACCAGACCUAGACGUCUGGAAAGCCGUCCGGUAGAAAAGUUCCGGGUGGAUGCUAAAGCAGAAGCAGACUUGAUUGUGAUCGGUGGCUGGGAAAUUCCGGCUUCAGGGCGGACUGAGGACGCUCGGUGGUUCUCCAUCGUUCUAAACAGACGCAAUGCUCCAUGGGCCUAUCUGAAGGGAGAACCGUUCAGAAACAUUGCGAGUCUCGAGUUGGUGGCAGUGCUGACAGCCAUCAUGUUGUUCGGGAAGGGAUGGGAGUGCGACAUGAGCAGAACGGUGAUGUCCUUAUCGGCUAGUACGGACAACUUGGGCAACACCUAUGUGCUGAACCAUUUCAUGUCGUGCAAGUAUCCGCUUUCCAUUGUGGUCAUGGAACUGGCAGUUCAGCUCAAGCGGCUGGGCCUAGAAAUGGAUUUGAAGUGGAUACCUAGAGAUCAGAAUUCCGAAGCUGAUAGCCUGACCAACAGUGAGUUCAUGGGCUUCGACAGCUCAAAGAGGAUCAUUGUUCAAUUUGAAGAUUUGAAGUUCGAAGUCAUGGACAAGUUGAUGGCCAAGGCGGCAGAUUUGGACGAUGAAAUUAAACUGGCGAAAUCGUCCAAAGAGGCCAAAGGUGAUCGCCCUACGGAGUCCAUGCACAAAAGAAAGAGAGGCCAAACUAGGUGGGAAGACCCCUGGUAA